AGCCCGAGCCGCCAUGUGGGCCCGGCUGUUGCUGCAGCUGCUGUGGGCCCAGCUCCUGUGGCCGCUGCUCCGCGGCUCCGAGCUGACCUUCGAGCUGCCCGACAACGCCAAGCAGUGUUUCUACGAGGACAUCGUCCAGGGCACCAAGUGCACGCUGGAGUUCCAGGUCAUCACUGGUGGCCAUUAUGAUGUGGACUGUCGGUUAGAAGAUGCUGAUGGUGCUGUUUUGUACAAGGAGAUGAAGAAACAAUAUGAUAGUUUCACCUUCACAGCUGCAAAAAAUGGAACUUACAAGUUCUGUUUCAGCAAUGAAUUUUCCACCUUCACUCACAAAACCGUUUACUUUGAUUUCCAAGUUGGGGAUGACCCCCCCUUGUUCCCCAAUGAAAACAGGGUGUCAGCACUGACUCAGAUGGAGUCUGCUUGUGUCACGAUGCAUGAAGCCAUGAAGUCGGUCAUUGAUUAUCAAACCCAUUUCCGUCUAAGGGAAGCACAGGGGCGAAGUCGUGCUGAGGACCUGAAUUCAAGAGUUGCUUUUUGGUCCAUAGGAGAAGCUCUCAUCUUAUUGGUUGUGAGUCUUGGGCAAGUGGUUCUCCUCAGGAGCUUCUUCUCAGAUAAAAGAACCACUUAUUCACGUGUUGGUUCAUAACGGGUAGCCUCAAGUUUAAAGCAGUACCUAACAGUUUUCAGUUCACUGACUUGUUUGAUUAUUAGGUUCAGGAAUGCUAUUAAGAUUUAAAUCCUUAUUGAAACUAUUUUCUCUUCACCUUUGGACUGUUCACUAGAGUAAAUAUUCCGAUUGAAAUAUUGCAAUGCUACUGCAGCUGAAUUAGCUGGAUGUCCAACAGUUACCUGCAUCACAGGCUGUGUCCACCAGAUGGCAAAGCCAUUGACAUUUAACUUUGCUUAGAUUAAUGAUUCAUUGUUCACACGUCUUGAACGUAGUGAAGUGAUGCAUCAGAUCCUUUGAAAUAAUUUUCGUGUAAAUAUGAUCUAUGGAGUUUUCAAUACAUCCAAGCUAUUUUAAAGUUUGGAGAGGAUCACUUAUCACAGCUGCAACGACUGUUUGAGAUCUUAAACUAUCAGCUGCAAUUUAAUUGAUUUGUCACUUGGUUUGUGAUGUAACAGUGGAAAUACUGUGGUAUUUCUUAAGCUUGCUUUUCUUUGCAUUGAGAAGCAAUUUUUGUACCUUGUUCAUUGGAUUUGCAACAUGACAGUAUUUUGAAAUCUAGUCAGGUUACAUCAUGUACAUGUUUUACCUAUUAAGGUGCCCCUUAAAUUUUUAGUUCUCUCCUAUAGCUAUAUCUACAAUGGAACAGCCAUUUAUAAAAGGUUGGUGACAUGAAAACCAUAAUUUCCAAGGGAAGAUAUUGUUUUAUAAUAAACUUGCCAGUUUCCACUUUAGUUUUGUGAAAGCUCAUUUGCGUCGUGUAUGUCUGUCUUGUAUGAAUUUGCUAAGUAUUGAGUAAAUCAAACCUGUAAGGAUUAAAAGAGGAAAUUGGGAUUAUUACAUAUACCAGGGUGUAAAUUUUUUCUGCUUAUUGUAAAGGGGAUAACAGUAAAUUGUCUGUGGCAAGUUUCACAUUGGUUGAGUUAAAGUGAAAUUUUAAGUCACAUCUUUUUAAAAAAAAAACCCACGGGUCUUAUAAAGGCCAGAAAUCAAUAUGUAUCUAAAACUCUGUAAUCAAUGGAUAUUAAAUGCAGUUACAGAUGUAUUGAAGGUGGCAGGUCUAUGAUAAAUGUCAUUGUUCUAAUUGGGAAACAUUAGGAGCUUUAAUUAGGUUUUGUCUUUUCUUUCUAUUGAUGCGCUUAAGAUUUGUAAGUUGAAAUGGUGCACUGAUUUGAUUUUUUUUCUGGAAUCUCCCAACACCUGACAUUUAUGUGAUUACCCAUUUGAAUAAUAGGAUUUGCCUUGCACAUUAUCCAUCCAGUUUGAGUGACUACACCUAUGGACAUUUGUUGUAUGCUAUAAAUCGUGCAAGCUUAGUUAUGACUAUAAAACCUAUUGUGGCAGUACAUUUGCCAGAAUUACAAACCAGAUCAGUACUUCUAAUUGAAUAGUAACUGUUUAAAAUGUAUACUUAGUUUAAGUUCUUGUGUCAAACAUUGUAGUCUGUUCCAUUUAAUUAAACAUGUUCAUAUUGCACUGUAAAUUCUGAAGCAAUGAGGGCUUAGUUUUAUUUUGUAUGAAUGAAGACACAGGAUUUGUUACAAAUGCAUAAAUUAUUGAAAUACAAGACAUUGUAUUGAUAACCAUUUGUUUGUAUUAAAUCUUGUAGCUUAAACCACUAACCAAAUGGACCCCACACUAUAAUUCCACUUCAUUCAGUUUUCAGACCUCAGUGUAAACCUGCAUUGGAAGGUUAUUGGUAAAUGUAAGAUACAGACUCUGUGAAAUUGGACAAUAAUAAAAAAAUAAAGUUGUG